UUCGUUGAUUAUAGGUCACAGUCUCACCGACAAUAUGAUUUCCACUUAUUACCACAGCCACAACGUUAAAUUGGCUAGGCAUAAGGUUAGCAGUGUGGUUAAGGUUAGAGAUAAGGUUAGCAGUGUGGUUAAGGUUAGAUAUAAGGUUAGGUUUAAAAUCGCAUUUUAAGAAAAUAAAUUGUAGAAAUAGGCGGGGUUUAUGACUUUGUGGCUGUGGCAACUAGUGACGACCAAUAAAUAUGGCAACCAACGAGGGUUCUGAACGUGCAAAUGUAGAUAUUUCUAAAAUAAAAGUAGGUCAGGGCGAAGGAUACGACAAGAAAUGCAUAUUCUGCAAGGUUGUCAACAAUGAGAUGGGCACGGAGAUUCUUCAUGUUGACGAGGAGGUCUCUUGCUUCAGGGACAUCAAGCCUGGAGCUCCCCAUCAUUACCUGGUUGUGCCCACGAGACAUGUUGGAAACUGUAAAUCCCUCAGUAAAGAGCAUGUGUCAUUAGAGAAGAUGGUGGAGAUAGGGAUGGAGAUCCUUCAGAAGAACAAUGUCUUAGACCUCAGUGAUGUUAGGUUUGGCUUCCACUGGCCCCCAUUCUGUUCUGUUUCUCACCUGCACCUCCAUGUGUUGGCACCUGCCAGUCAGAUGGGCUUAAUGUCCCGCCUCUUCUACAGACCCAACUCUUAUUGGUUUGUCACGGCUGACCAGUUGAUUCAGCAGCUGAACUCUAAGGGAGAGACCACCUGAGCGGUGGGUUGCAGUCUGGGCUGGUUCAGUGAGAAACGGGGUUACCUUACUAGUAGUGGUGGGCAGGUCAGGACUGGUCUGGUCUCCCUCCGUGGUUCUCUGUGAGUGUACUGUACUCCCCAGCAGGUUACAGUGAGACUAGUGAUGAGGUUUUUAAUUCUAGUAUCAAGCUGAACAGCCAAAUCAGAAAUUAAGCCAAAUAUUUUUUCCUUACCUACUGUAAGUCUCAUUGCAGGAUACCUUUGAUAAAGAUGAGUAAUACAUGUGCAUUGUGCCUCUGGCUGGCAUCCCAAAUGGCACCUUUUCCUAUAGGGCUCAAAAGUAGUGUAAUGAAUAGGGCGCCAUUUGCGAUGCAGUCGCUGUCAACAGUAUCCCGUAUUAUGAGGUAUAAUAACUGAAAGCAGAGAAAUAUAAUGAGAAGUAUGAGCUCUUUUAGGACUCAGUCAAGUGGUCAGAAAAGCAACUGUUUUGCAUGAAUGGUAAUCAAUCAUAUACGAUCAAAGGGUAAAAUGGAAGAGUAGACUGGAUUGUGGAGGUUUAAUAUAGUCACUGAAUAAUACCUACAUUACUAAUUCUCAGUCAUCCAUAAACAAUUGUUUCUUGAGUCACACAUUCUUUUAACACAAUACUCUACAUUAAUUGUGUUAUUUUAUUAUGAAUGUUGGAGAGUGAUUCUUGAUUUUGUUAUGCACUACAGCCCAAUGGAACACUCAACGAAGUAAUGUAUGUUUAGUGUAUGCUGCUGCAUGAAAUUGAGAGCGUCAUGUGUUUGUAUUUAUUGGUUGACGUGUCCCUGUAAAAUAAUAAUGGUUGUUCAUGGUUAAAUAAAUGAUGCAUUGCUGCCUCCACAAGGGUUUCA